AUGGAGGGAGCAAACUCUGCUGAUUUCUUCAGCAAUGUUUCUUUUGAGCAAUCGGCUAUAUGUGAUCAAUUAAAACGUGCUCUAAAAGAUAUGAAUAUCACUACAAUGACUGAAAUUCAAGCAAAAUCAAUACCACGAAUAUUAGAAGGUAAAGAUGUACUUGGCACAGCUAAAACUGGAUCAGGGAAGACAUUAGCAUUUUUAGUACCAGCUGUUAACCUUUUAUAUAAUGUCGAAUUUCUACCUCGUAAUGGAACAGGUGUAAUAGUUAUAUCUCCAACAAGAGAAUUAAGCCUACAAAUAUAUGAAGUAUGUAGAGAGUUAUGCAAAUAUUUACCUCAAACCCAUGGAUUAGUAAUUGGAGGUGCGAAUAGACGUAAUGAGGCUGAUAAACUUAAUAAGGGAGUUAAUAUAUUAAUUGCAACGCCUGGGAGAUUAUUAGACCAUCUUCAAAAUACCAAAGGAUUUCAAUAUGGAAAUUUGUUAAGUUUAAUUAUUGAUGAAGCAGAUAGAAUUUUAGAGAUAGGAUUUGAAGAAGAAAUGAAUCAGAUAAUAAAGCUACUACCUGUUAAAAGACAAACUUCUUUAUUUUCAGCAACUCAAACAACAAAAGUAGCUGAUCUAGUACGUUUAUCCUUAAGAAACCCAGUUUUAAUAAAGUGCAAGACUUCAAAUACUGCAGCUACAGUUUCUGGAUUAGAACAAGGCUAUGUAAUAGCUUCUGCAAAUGAGCGAUUUUUACUGUUAUAUACAUUUUUGAAGAAGAAUAGAGAGAAUAAAGUAAUGGUUUUUUUUAGUAGUUGUAUGUCAACUAAAUUUCAUGAGGAAUUAUUUAAUUAUGUAGAUUUAUCAUGUUCAUCUAUUCAUGGGAAGAAGAAACAAUCAUCAAGAAUGCAAACAUAUUAUGAAUUCUGUUCAUCUGAGAAAGGGUUACUUUUAUGUACAGAUGUUGCUGCAAGAGGUCUAGAUAUACCAAAUGUUGACUGGAUUAUUCAAUAUGAUCCACCUGAUGAUCCUAAAGAAUAUAUCCAUAGAGUAGGAAGAACAGCUAGAGGAGCUAAUGGGACUGGUAAAGCAUUAUUAUUCCUUUUACCAGAAGAAAUCCAAUUUUUACAAUACCUGAAAAAAAUGAAUAUACCAUUAAAUGAAUAUGCUUUUAGUAAAAAUAAAAUUGCAAAUGUACAAAAUCAGCUUGAAAGGCUAAUAGAGAAAAAUUAUCAUUUGCAUUGUUCAGCAAGAGAUGCAUAUAGAGCUUAUUUACAUUCCUAUGCAUCACAUUCUAUAAAAGAUACUUUUAAUGUAUAUUCAUUAGAUCUACAGCAAAUUGCUAAGAGUUUUGGAUUUACAACUCCCCCAAAGGUAGAACUCAAUCUUAAAUCAGGUGGUAAAGUUGGAAGGAAGAAUAAGUCUAAUCUUAAUUUAUCAAAUAAGAAAGCAUAUACAAGCUCAGGACAUAAAUUUUCUGCAUCUAAUCCAUAUGGUAAAAGAGAUACUAAUGAUAAUAGACAAUUUGUACGUUGA